GGGCAAUACAGCAAAAGGGCGUGGGACGAGACGUGGGAGCAUGGGUCCAACAAGCACGGCUUGCCAUCCCAAGGGGAAACACCGAGGAUUUAGUAGCCACUCAUACUGCUCAUACGGCUGCUGCCGCUGCUGCUGCUGUUGCUGCUGCUGCUGUUGCUGCUGCUGUUAGUCGUGGUGGUGGUGGUAGGGUUUCAGGUGAUGGGAUUUCAGCAGGUGAAAAUUCAGGUGGGAAGAGUACUGUUAGGCCAGGACACAGGCAAUGCCUGUCGUUUUCUGGCUUUGAGUCUGACUUGGGUCAGUGGGAUAUGGCUAUUGCGGCGCCUCAAACGUCUGUUUUUGAGUCUGACUUGGGUCGGUGGGAUAUGGGGAACGGCAGGGAGGGAGGGAGAGGAGCGGGGAUAGCGAGCAGAGUAGAGAGUUUGACUGAGUGGGAUAUGGGGGACGGGAGGGAGGGAGGGAGAGGAGGGGAUAUAGCGAGCAGAGGGCGGGACGGGAGGGAGGGAGGGAGAGGAGCGGGGAUAGCGAGCAUGGGGCAUAGAGAGGAGAGCUUGAGUGUGUGGGAGAGGAGGAGUGGGCGGGAGAGAGGGGAGGGAGGUGGAGGAGGAGGGGAGGGAGGAAGUUUGUCACCUAGAGUAGUGUUGCUUGGUACCGAGGCGAAGGGAAGAGGAGGAGAGAGAGAGGCGGAUGGAGGUGGGAGGAGGGGAGGGAGAGGAGGGGAAGGAGGAGAAGAGGGAGGGUUACUGACGUCACCGGCUGUGUUGUUUGCUUCUUCUGGGGUGAAAGGAGGAGAAGGAGAGAAAAAUAUGGAUGGGGUGGCGGAGGCAGCAGCAGCAGAGGCACAGGCGUUGGUGGGGUUGGCACAGGCGUUGGUGGGGUUGGCACAGGCGUUGGUGGGGUUGGCACAGGCGUUGGUGGGGUUGGCACAGGCGUUGGUGGGGUUGGCACAGGCGUUGGUGGGGUUGGCACAGGCGUUGGUGGGGUUGGCACAGGCGUUGGUGGGGUUGGCACAGGCGUUGGUGGGGUUGGCACAGGCGUUGGUGGGAGGAGGAGAGGUGUGA